GUCGGUGUGAGUGGCGCAGGGUUGGAACAGCCGCCAUCUUGUCCUCAUCCAUUGAUGUGUCUAUCCAGGCCUGUGGUUGCAUAAUCAUCCAGCCCGGACUUUACAGCCAGUGUGCGGAGAUAUGGGUCGGUCGCGCAGUCGAAGCUCAUCCCGUUCUAAACAUGCGAAGAGCGGCAAGCACAAUAAGAAGCGCAGCCGCUCCCGGGAGAAGGAGCGCGUGAAAAAGCGCUCCAAAUCCCGGGAGAGCAAGAGAAACCGGAGGCGGGAAUCCAGAUCCAGGUCCCGGUCUAACACGGCGUCUCGCAGGGAGCGGGAGAGACCAGUGACUCCGCCUGACCGCAUCGAUAUCUUCGGCCGCACGGUUAGUAAGAGGAGCAGCCUGGAUGAGAAGCAGAAGCGGGAGGACGAGGAGAAGAAGAUGGAGUACGAGCGGCAGCGGCGCAUUAGGCAGCAGGAAAUUGAAGAAAAACUGAUAGAGGAGGAAACGGCCCGACGUGUAGAAGAGCUGGUUGCCAAGCGUGUGGAGGAAGAGUUGGAGAAAAGGAAAGAUGAAAUUGAACGAGAAGUUCUGCGGAGAGUCGAGGAAGCUAAGCGCAUCAUGGAAAAGCAGUUGCUCGAAGAACUCGAGCGACAGAGGCAGGCCGAGCUUGCAGCACAAAAAGCCAGAGAGGAAGAAGAAAGGGCUAAACGGGAGGAGCUGGAGCGAAUACUUGAAGAAAAUAACCGUAAAAUUGCUGACGCACAAGCUAAACUGGCUGAGGAGCAGUUGAAAAUUGUUGAAGAACAAAGAAAAAUACAUGAGGAAAGGAUGAAACUAGAACAAGAGAGGCAGCGACAGCAAAAGGAAGAGCAAAAAAUUAUACUGGGCAAGGGAAAGUCACGGCCAAAAUUAUCGUUCUCUUUAAAAAGCCCAGAUUGAUUUUGGCGUAUAUGAACAUUGUCCCUGACCAAGCUAAGACUUUGUAUGGUAGCUUCAUGUUGAAGUGUCUUUUUUUUUUUUUUUUUUUUUUUUGUCUGAAAUCAAAUAUCAUUUCUCAAAGGGGCUGUGCUCUCAAUUCCGUAAUGUUUGGUUAAUUUUUUUUUUAUAUAUUGGCUAUUGACUGAAAUUUUAGUUAAAUCCUUAUCAGGUUAUACGUUUUUACAUAAUGUUUCAUAAUAUGUCUGACCAUGUAACAAUGGACUAGGUUCCCUUAAACUGCUCUCCACGAUCUGAUAAGGAUUUAACCCCUCCUGGUGAUAUUUUUUUCACAGGAGAGCGUUGUCUGGUCUGAUCUUUUUACAAAGCAUUGACUGUUUGCAUCAGUGAAUGGCCCAGUAUUGUUGGAACUUUGUACUGUAUCGUAAACCCAGUGUCCCCAUGAUGCUGUUCCACUUGCACUUGAUGUCCCGGUACAGGUAAGGAUACAGAUAGUUAAAACGAGUCCUCUUGCGGUUUACCUAGUUCAGUAUUGCCAGUACACCAUUGUUUUUAACUGCAUUGAUGCAACCCGGUCAGCUUUUCCACCGUGUAAAUACAUCAGUUUGCUGAAUAAAGUCUUAAAUGCCUCAUGUA